AUGCCGUCCACAAGCAAAGUCAACGGCGAAGGCCAUUUCCCCUCGCGCCUCAAGCAAUUCUUCCGCAUCAAUUCCGGCUCCAAAGACCACAAGGACCGCGAUGCCAACACCACCUCCAGCUCCCACGGCGGAGCACCACGCGCCGACUCCAACUCCAAGACCUUCCGUCAGUCCCGUUUCUUCAGCGUCGGCCGUCUUCGCAGUGCCACUGUCGUGAGCGAGGGCAAUCCGCUCGACGAAUCCAUGAGUCCAACCGCACACGCGAACCCGUACUUCGCCCACCAGGGCCAACCGGGCCUGCGCCAUCACAAUGACGGCUCCGUUCCGCCCAGCCCGCCCGACACUCCCUCGCUCAAGGUCGACGGCCCCGAAGGCUCGCAGCAGCCCACCGCUGCCACGAAGGAAGAGCUUGCGAGGAAGCUAAGGAGAGUCGCCAGUGCCCCCAACGCACAGGGCCUGUUUUCAAAGGGUCAGGGCAACGGCGACCGCCCUGCCACGGCCGAGCUCAGCAAGGAGCCGCUAGAGGAGAGCAAGGAUUCCAACACAGUCGGUUUCGCAGAGCAAAAGCCCAACAACGAUUCCUCCACGAGUCUGGCCGCGCCCGAUGCCGAUGCCGAUGGUCUCGGAGCGCUGCCUCCUCCCAUCCGCCAGUCGCCGCUCGCCUUCCGCCGAACAUACAGCUCCAACUCCAUCAAGGUCCGCAAUGUUGAGGUCGGCCCCCAGAGUUUCGACAAGAUCAAGUUGAUCGGCAAGGGCGAUGUAGGCAAGGUCUAUCUCGUCAAGGAGAAGAAGAGCGGGAGGUUAUAUGCUAUGAAGGUCCUGAGCAAGAAGGAAAUGAUCAAGCGCAACAAGAUUAAGAGGGCUUUGGCCGAGCAGGAAAUUCUCGCUACAAGCAACCAUCCCUUCAUUGUGACUCUGUAUCACUCCUUCCAGUCCGAGGACUAUCUUUACCUCUGCAUGGAAUACUGCAGCGGUGGUGAGUUCUUCAGGGCUCUUCAGACACGUCCCGGAAAAUGCAUUCCCGAGGACGAUGCUCGCUUCUACGCCGCAGAGGUUACUGCUGCGCUCGAAUACCUGCAUCUCAUGGGAUUCAUUUACCGGGAUCUCAAGCCCGAGAAUAUUCUCCUUCACCAGUCUGGCCAUAUCAUGCUUUCAGAUUUCGAUCUGUCCAAGCAGUCCGACCCCGGUGGCAAGCCGACCAUGAUUAUUGGCAAGAACGGCACGAGUACGUCGUCGUUGCCGACCAUCGACACCAAAUCCUGCAUAGCAAACUUCCGUACAAACUCGUUUGUGGGUACGGAAGAGUACAUCGCCCCCGAAGUCAUUAAGGGAAGUGGGCAUACCAGUGCAGUAGAUUGGUGGACGCUAGGAAUUCUCAUCUACGAAAUGCUUUACGGCACUACUCCCUUCAAGGGUAAGAACCGUAACGCUACCUUCGCCAACAUUCUCAGGGAAGAUAUCCCUUUCCCUGACCAUGCGGGCGCCCCCCAAAUAUCAAACCUUUGCAAAUCACUCAUCCGCAAACUGCUUAUCAAGGACGAGAACCGUCGUCUAGGUGCGCGUGCUGGCGCGUCCGACAUCAAGACUCACCCCUUCUUCAGGACGACACAAUGGGCUUUGAUCCGUCAUAUGAAGCCACCCAUUGUCCCCAACCAGGGCCGUGGCAUUGAUACAUUAAACUUCCGCAACGUUAAGGAAAGUGAGAGCGUGGAUAUUAGCGGGUCUAGGCAGAUGGGCCUCAAGGGGGAGCCGCUUGAACGUGGAACGGUGACACCAGGCGAGAACGCCGUCGAUCCAUUCGAGGAGUUCAACAGCGUCACAUUACAUCACGAUGGCGAUGAAGAGUACCAUUCUGAUGCUUAUGAAAAGCGAUAA